AUGAACCCUCUUACGCGGUCAUCCACAACUAUUCGAUCGCCAUCGUCUACCCAGAGUGAUCGCCGUGGUGACAAACCUGCUCGAUUACGCAUACGCUCCUCGUCCUUCUCCAUUCGUCGACAAAGGUCUGAUUCCCACUUUAACAAACCCGUCGGCCACAACUUGAGCACUAGCAACCAACGUCGUCCCAGCUUCGAAUCACGCACACUCGUCCAUGAGGAGCACCAACCUGUACAACUAUCAGAAGAAGCAAACAGCAGCUUGUUAACAGUGAGCGAUGGUCAUAACGGUGGUGCUGCAUCAUCUGUUGACUCUGCCGGUUCCGAUGACGAAGAAGACGACGAUUACCGUUUCAACAAGGAGCUACCACAGCUUGUACAGUCGCCUUCAGAGUUGGAUAACAGCAAGCCAUUAGAGCGUCAAAAAUCCAUCACCAGUAGCUUCAAAGGGAAGCUUCAUCUUUCUUCACCCAUGCGAGCCAAGAGUAUGUUUGAUGGCAUACGUGGAUUCCAUCACCAUCAGCAGCAGCAUAGAAACGCAUCUUCACCUGUAGUCAAUUACAAUGAAAUGGCAUCACCAUCAUCACCACAACAAUAUGACGCUGAUAGAGAUCCAUAUGGCUUUGUCAAAGGAACACAAUGGGUUUCCAUGGAAGAAUAUGAUGCAUUUCAACGAUCGUAUCAACCUAUCGCCGCACGACGACUCGCAAAAUGGCGUCAAUUACUUGCAGAACACAAUAACCACUGGCCCCAACCAAGCAGCAAAUUCAAACGUUACAUCCGCAAGGGAAUUCCAUCCGAGUUACGAGGACAGGCAUGGUUCUAUUACAGUGGAGGUGAAGCCAAGCAGCAAGCCAAUCCAAAUGUUUAUCAACAGCUUGUGGCCAAAGCGGAGAAUAUGGGAGAGAACAAUGAAUCGCUCGAUGUCAUUGAAAGAGACUUGCACCGCACCUUUCCUGACAAUAUCCGAUUCAAGAGCAAGGGCAAUGGUUCAACCGAUGAUCGUCGAGAUGAUGUUCCAGCCAUCCAAUCGCUACGCAGAGUUCUCUUAGCCUUCUCGGUGUAUUCACCUACCAUUGGCUAUUGUCAAUCCCUCAAUUACAUUGCAGGCAUGCUUCUAUUGUUCAUGGACGAGGAGAACGCUUUCUGGACCUUUGUGGCAUUGAUUGAAGAUAUUCUACCGCCCAACAUUUACGAUGUUACUAUGGAAGGUGCCAAUAUCGAUCAGACCAUAUUGAUGAUGUUGAUUUCAGAACGCUGCCCACAAAUUUGGAAUCGUAUCAGUGGCAACAAGUCAUUUUGGGAAUGCGAACAAGGAGAAGGGAAUGGGAUGCCUACAACCUCGUUGGUCACAAGCCAUUGGUUCCUCACGCUCUUUAUCAACAUUUUGCCAACAGAGUCGGUGCUUCGCGUUUGGGAUUGUCUCUUCUAUGAGGGUCAGCGUGCUUUGUUUCGAGUAGCAUUGGCUAUCUUCAAGAUGAAUGAGCAAGCGAUCCUUGCCGUUGAUGACUCUCUGGAAGUUUUUCAAGUGAUCCAAAAUAUACCAAAACGAAUGCUCGAUUGCCAUAAACUCCUUGACUAUACCUACAACAAAUAUGCUUCCCUUACGCGUAUCAGUGAACAAGACCUUGCUAAACGACGUGCCAUGUUUCGCUCUCGUCGUGAUCAGAGACGCAAAAAUUCACCCUCUGGAAGACGAAAAUUACAUCGAGGCACAGUGCGUGGCACGAUCCACAAAGCCAACAAGGAGGCUCGCAAGCUCGUUGAACGAGCAAAGACCGUACGGCGGUGA